CUCCACCAGAGAGUGCUGCACCCUCACAUCCAAGGGGUCAGAACUGAGAUGAGGAGGAUCCUGGGGACCCAGAAGAGAAGGCGCUGCCUGAAAGCCCUGCCUAGAGGGCCCACGCACCAGCUCUAAUAGAGCCCCAACAGCUGCCUGGUUUUUCCUACAGGAACCCCUCUUUGUGAACAGCUCCUCAACAUGAGCUAUACUCUCCACAUGAUCUUCAUGUGUCUGAGCCUCUUUACACCAAGAAUCUGUGUCCAAGGGAACAGGUUCAAUAUUGAGACCAGCAGAAAUGACAAGCUUUCCCUGCCUGGCUUUGAGAACCUCACAGCAGGAUACAACAAAUUCCUCAGGCCCAGUUUUGGUGGAGAACCGGUUCAGAUAGCACUAACUCUGGACAUCGCAAGUAUUUCUAGUAUUUCAGAGAGUAACAUGGACUACACUGCCACCAUAUACCUCCGGCAACGCUGGACAGACCCACGGCUGGUGUUUGAAGGCAACAAGAGCUUCACUCUGGAUGCACGCCUUGUGGAGUUCUUGUGGGUGCCAGACACUUACAUUGUGGAGUCAAAGACAUCUUUCCUCCAUGAAGUCACAGUUGGAAAUAGGCUCAUCCGCCUCUUCUCCAAUGGCACAGUCCUGUAUGCUCUCAGAAUCACAACAACUGUCGCAUGUAACAUGGAUCUGUCUAAAUACCCCAUGGACACACAGACAUGCAAGUUGCAGUUGGAGAGCUGGGGGUAUGAUGGAAACGAUGUAGAGUUCAUCUGGCUGCGAGGGAAUGACUCUGUGCGUGGGCUGGAAAACCUGCGACUUGCUCAGUACACCAUACAGCGCUAUUUCACGCUAGUCACCAGGUCCCAGCAAGAGACAGGAAAUUAUACACGGUUGGUCUUGCAAUUUGAGCUUCGAAGGAAUGUCCUGUAUUUCAUUUUGGAAACCUAUGUUCCUUCCACUUUCCUGGUGGUGCUAUCCUGGAUUUCAUUUUGGAUCUCCCUUGAUUCUGUGCCCGCAAGAACCUGCAUUGGAGUGACCACUGUGUUAUCAAUGACCACACUGAUGAUCGGGUCCCGCACAUCUCUUCCCAACACCAACUGCUUCAUAAAGGCCAUUGACGUGUACCUGGGGAUCUGCUUUAGCUUCGUGUUUGGAGCCUUACUGGAAUAUGCUGUUGCUCACUACAGCUCCUUACAGCAGAUGGCAGCCAAAGAUAGGGGGAAGGUGAAAGGAGCAGAAGAAGUCAAUAUCACUAACAUCAUCAACAGCUCCAUCUCCAGUUUUAAACGGAAGAUCAGCUUUGCCACCAUUGAAAUUUCUGGUGAUAACGUUGACUAUAGCAACUUGACAAUGAAAACCAGUGACAAGUUCAAGUUUGUCUUCAGAGAAAAGAUGGGCAGGAUUGUUGAUUACUUCACAAUUCAAAACCCCAGCAAUGUUGAUCGAUAUUCUAAACUCCUGUUUCCUUUGAUUUUUAUGUUAGCCAAUGUAUUUUACUGGGCAUACUACAUGUAUUUUUGAAGUGAUGUUGGACUUUUGCAUGCCACAGAUCUUCAGCACAACAAGGUAAUGAUGUCAAUUAUAUUUUACACCAAGUGUACACUACAACCCUAUGGUGCUACAAAUGGCUAAAAUAAUAUCUAAGCAUUUUCCUACAAAGAAUGAACUUGCAACCAUUAGAGAUUCUAAGUUUUGUAGAAUUUCUAGAAGUACAGGAUUUUAUAAGAGAAGGAUCAGCCCAAUCCUCUUUCACCUUUAUGAAGGACAUCCUCAUGGAUCCCAGGGCUACAAACACACUCGAGGUGACUGUUUGCCCAGUGGUUCCCUGGUCUGCAUUUACCUCACAUAAAACAUGAGAAAGAAAACACCAUAUCUUCUGAGUAUUCCUCAUGUGUCGGGGGUUAUUGCUAAGUCAUACAAAAGCCACUCAAGUAGUCCUACAAACUAUUUACCAAAACUCUGGAGUAUUUAUAAAGUUCAUUAUUGUCUAUUUAGGGAGCAACAUUUCUAAUUUUUAUUUUUAAUUAAAAUGGGAUGUGUGCUUGUGUCAAUUCACUGACACUCAGCUCAAUACCACAGUGAGUUUUUAAUAAAGAGCAUUAUUUAAUACCACAGUAGAAUUAUCCUCAAGUUCCAGUCAGUCCUAUCCUUGAAAAGUCAAAUGUAAAUGAAUAAAAUGUUAGUGGACCAAUGAUCAUUCUAAAACGUAAAUUCCUUCUUUCUAAAAUAGAAUAGAUUCCCAAGACUGUAAGGCCUUUGGGGCUUUACUUCUCUUCACUAGGAUGUGCACGUUAGUAGUAAACAAUGUAAAAACCUUUUCUCGCACAUCAAGAAUGGAAAUGGAGGAAUUUGUUUCACUUAUUCUAGGAGUCUUGAUAUGGUCUAUCACAUAAGGACUUACAGGAUCACAAUCAUUUACUAUCUUCACUCACAUACUGGGAAAAUACUAAAGUACCAGAUGGGCACAGCCAGAGAAUCCUGUGUUAUUCUGCUGUUUCUAAUAUUCUAACACAAAGAAAUGUCUUGCCAGCAGCAAAUUCUUUGCAUCUUUCCAGGCAGAACUUUAAUUCUAUGCCCUAAUGACCAAGAAUGAUGUUUAUUAGAGACCAAGCUGUGGUUCCUAAGUUAAAGUGACUUAACUCAGGUAGAUUUAGCCCUGCUUAUAUACUCAGGUCUUCGAACUGGACUACUUUGAGUAGCUCAUCUUGCAUGAGGAGAAGCAUACUAGCUCUGAGCCCUCUGAAUGACAGUGGGACAAGAUGCAGAACACACGUGCAGGUUGCCCAUGAGCUGCCUUCUGUAAUACAGCAGUCUCACCCUAAUACAAGUUUGUCUCCCUUGGCUUCAGGGCCAGCCUCAGCCAAAAGCAGCAAAUGUGGUGAUUUGUGGGUGUGCCAGGAAAAGGCUUCCAUUUUAGUCUCAAUCAUCUUAAAAGAACUGACUCUUCCAUUCUUUGUUUCCUUCUCUCUUGAAUGUCCAGCCUUACCCUUCCUCACAGAAGUAAGCCACAGCUUUAAAAACUCAUUUAUUUUCCUUAGUUUUCUGCAUCCUUAGGCCCUCAUCCCUUUUGCAAUUAUAUUUAUCACAAUUCAGUUUCUAUAGGUUUGAUCACUUCACCUUUUAACACAAUGUUUCUCAUGGGAAGUGGAAUUAAAAGCGGUGGAAUGUGGUUGAGUGGUUCAAUUAUAUUUGUGAUUUUUUUAAAAAAUUAAAAAUAUAUAUGCUAUGAAACCUCAUUUAAGCUAUUAUAUAAGGAUCAUUAUAAAGCUAUGAAACUGUGAAAUAAAUACACCUUUAAUAGCUCUU